AUGUUUUUCAUACACGGAGGGGCUUUCAUAAUCGGGUCGUCCAAUGAAUAUCAUUAUAACGGAGAGGUAUUGGCCUCAAAAGGCGAUGUGAUUGUCGUUACAUUCAAUUAUAGAUUAAAUGGUUUUGGAUUCCUAUACACGGGAACUGAUGCCGGACCCGGAAAUGCGGGUCUCUGGGAUCAGGUGUUGGCACUGGAAUGGGUGCACAAGAAUAUCCAGAAUUUUGGUGGCGAUCCUAAACUGAUUACCGUAUUUGGUGAGAGCGCCGGAAGCAUAACUACCAGCGCUAUGAUCCUAUCGCCCAUAACUCGCAAUCUAUUCAAAAACGCUAUAAUGAUGUCGGGGUCGGCGUUGGGCGACACAGUAGGC